AUGCAUCUUCCGGGCUUGGGGGCUGUGGGGGACUGUCCCUUGGCUGUGGCUCACUCGGCUUACGAGCAAAACGCCUUCGAUGAAGCUGCUUUCAACUUCCUUCUUGCAGAGGCUGGCCACGAGGCGUCGCAAAGUAACUUGGCUUUCUUGUUGGAUGCGGGCCUGACUGACAUCUUCUUUGACGUGUUUGUGAGCCAGGCUUUGAGGAGAGAACCGGGAUUAACAGAUAGAGCAUUCAUUGUCGCAGCCCAACGGGGCCCUGGACAAGCAGCACAAGCCAGGGAGCAGCAGCACUGGCAGUCACGGGAACGGCAGCAGCAGCAGCCGCAGCAGCAGCCGCAGCAGCGGCAACAGCAGCAGCAGGAGCAGCCGGCUAUGCCGCAGCAAAAGCAACAGCAACAGCAACAGCAGACGGCUAUGUCACAGCAACAGCAGCAACAACAGCCGGAUGUGAAACAGCAAAUGCAGCAACAGCAACAGCAGCUGGCUAUGCA